CCGUCGCCGUCGCGGUCUGCGCGAAACACGAUUUUACGGUCGUUACGAUGAGCGCUGCAGUUGUUAGCGCCCGUUCGUCGCGGAAACGUUCGCAACUGACGCCGCACCGCAGGCACUCUGCRACAAUAAUAUUAAUAAUAUCGUUGAAAAUAAAAACACCGUUUCAGUUUAUUGACGACUCCGUAGYUCGUACUCAUUGCCGAUCGGGAUACCGACGACAUAUCGUCGUGAUCUUUAUUCAACAAUAUUACACUUUUUUACAUGUGGCGACACGAGAAAGACUAUUAUUAUACGACUGCGCUGAUGCCGCGGCCGUUGUUUUUCCGAGUGCGAUGAUAUGACGACGGAUACAACGUAAUUGUCUAAUGUCUUAAAAACUGGGUCAUUAUGAGUUGCGUCCCUUGUGUAGAUCCCUGUAGUKCCGUGUCCAAAGACGACUUGGACAGAUGGACAAACAGUCUGAAACACGUUUUGGCCAAUCAGACGGCCAUACAAAUGUUCAAAGCCUAUUUGCAAGCAUGCCAAUUGGACUCUGUGGACAUUUUAGAGCUGUGGAAGAUGUGCGACGGGCUGUUGCGCUAUGUGCACCACAAAAAGAUUGAAAAUGAAACGUCAAGAAUUAAAAACGACUACAUCGCCAUAGUAGAGUGCGCCGGCGAAGUGGAGGGGCUGACGGAACACCAGUUGCGUAGGUUAGAGGAGACCAAGAGCAGUGGCCCUAAGAAGAUUUUAGCCCGCGUUGAGAAACUUCGUCAGACAGCCUACGAACUGAUGCAGCACGACUACGGAUUGUUUAGGAAAAAGUUGUUAAAAGAYCACAAAAUCGCGAAAAAAUAAAGUUUUUGGUUUAAAAUAUGUAUCGAAAUAUUUUCACGUAUGUUUAAGUAUAUUUUUCAUGUUAUAUAAUUUAUWUGAAGUACAAAAUACAUGUUAAUUUAAUUUAGAUAUCAUGUUGCGAAGAAUCAUUGAAUUUCAGAUUUUCAGCAGAUCGUGAUAAAUUUAGGAUAGAAAAGAAGGAAAAAUAUUAUUUU